UUUUGGUACCAUUACUGGCCGGCCUCACUGCCGGGAUUUGUGAACAGACGCUUUCCUGGAGCUGCACUCUCAGGCAGUGGCUCAACCGGUUGUCCUGUGGUGGAUCAUCAUCUGAUCCCAUCGAGUAAACUCAACCUCGCCUCCAACGGUGACGUAGAUUUAGCUGAAGUAAAUCUGGCCGACAUGGGUCCUGAAGUCAUCCGGGUAGGAAAUGGCUGUCUUAUAAAAUUAUUCCAUCGCCAUAUUUCAGCAUCGCCAGCGCCACUACUUAGUGUCAAAUUGCAGGCGUCUCAUAAUAAUCCUACUCCGAAACGAAUAGAAGUAAAGUUAUAUGAGAUGUAUUCACCUUAUUUCGUUUAA